GGGCAAAAAGAAAAAGAAAAAGGAAAAGGAAAAGACUGAGGAACAAGGCGAGGACAGCAGUUAAACCCUAAAGAAGAAGAAGAAGAAAGGGCGAUGACAAGUGCUACGUCGUCGUCGGAGGUUGAACCGGUCGAGCCGCAGUCACUGAAGAAGCUCAGCUUCAAGUCCCUGAAGCGCGCACUCGAUCUCUUCUCUCCCACUCACUCUCACCUCGCUCCUCCCGAUCCCCACAGCAAGAGAAUUCGCACUACCCACAAGGUACUUGUGGAGUAUGGUGGAAUCAAACUCUCUACUACUCAAGCUCCUCGUCAAGCUAAUUCCGCGGCGCAAGGUCAAGCUCAACCGGGGCCAUCUAAUGCACUUGCUCUUCUGGGUCCAGGAGAUUCCAAAGAUACCCAGAAAGGAGGACCCCAAAAUGCUUUGGUUGUUGGUCCAACUAUGCCGUCAACAGCUUCGAAUGAUCGUGGUUUUACAGGCAAAAGCACAGCAGUUAUUUCUGCUUCUUCUGGUUCAUCUGAAAGGAAUUUAUCCACAGCUGCUUUAAUGGAAAGAAUGCCAAGUAAAUGGCCACGUCCUGAUUGGCAUGCCCCAUGGAAGAAUUACAGGGUCAUCAGUGGUCACUUAGGAUGGGUGAGAUCUGUUGCAGUUGAUCCCAGCAAUACAUGGUUUUGUACUGGUUCUGCAGAUCGUACCAUCAAGAUAUGGGAUUUAGCUAGUGGAAGGCUAAAGCUCACACUGACUGGCCACAUCGAGCAAAUAAGAGGCCUUGCUGUCAGCAGCAAGCAUACUUACAUGUUCUCUGCUGGUGAUGAUAAACAAGUUAAAUGUUGGGAUCUUGAACAGAAUAAGGUUAUUAGGUCCUAUCAUGGUCAUCUUAGUGGUGUCUACUGCUUGGCUCUUCAUCCAACAAUUGACAUUUUACUUACUGGAGGGCGUGAUUCUGUCUGCCGGGUCUGGGACAUCCGUAGUAAAAUGCAAAUUCAUGCUCUUUCAGGACAUGAUAAUACUGUCUGCUCUGUAUUUACACGGGCAACGGAUCCCCAAGUUGUUACAGGUUCUCAUGACAGCACCAUCAAGAUGUGGGAUCUAAGAUAUGGUAAAACAAUGUUAACCCUUACAAACCACAAAAAAUCUGUUAGAGCCAUGGCACAACAUCCUAAAGAGCAAGCUUUUGCAUCAGCAUCAGCUGAUAAUAUUAAGAAAUUCAGUCUCCCAAAGGGAGAGUUUUUUCACAAUAUGCUCUCUCAACAGAAAACUAUCAUCAAUACGAUGGCUGUCAACGAGGAGGGUGUGAUGGUUACAGGAGGUGACAAUGGGAGUCUCUGGUUCUGGGAUUGGAAGAGUGGUCACAAUUUCCAGCAAGCGCAGACAAUUGUGCAGCCUGGUUCACUGGACAGUGAAGCUGGUAUUUAUGCUUGUACCUAUGAUGUAACGGGUUCAAGGCUUAUAACAUGUGAAGCUGACAAGACAAUCAAAAUGUGGAAAGAAGAUGAAACUGCCACUCCUGAAACCCAUCCUCUUAAUUUCAGGCCCCCUAAAGACAUCAGGCGAUUUUAGCUUCAAUCCUUAUUAUCAACCAAUCAAUCUCUAUACUAUCCCUGUGAUACAUUUUAUAUUUGGUUAUUUGUAGGUCUGAUGUAAAAUUACAUAUGUCAAAAUAAUUAUCAUGAGUACUAUCCAUUUUUGUAA